CGCGAGAGAACGAGGUUCAGGCGGCUGCGCGCAGCGGGUGGAGGGAGGCUGGAGAGAGUGAGGACGAAGAGGAGGAGGUGCACUCCCACAAUACCAGGCGGGAGGGCGGUAGGCGGUUUGUAUCCGGGCUGUGAGGUGCUCGGAGCCUCGGCGGACCUUGCUGCCUCUGUCUCUUUAACGUGAGAGGAAGCGAUCCAGGGGGUGGAAAAUGGCAGAGCUGCAGAUGUUACUAGAGGAGGAGAUCCCGUCUGGCAAGAGGGCGCUGAUAGAGAGUUACCAGAACCUGACCCGGGUGGCGGACUACUGUGAAAACAACUACAUACAGGCUACAGACAAGAGAAAAGCUUUAGAAGAGACCAAAGCCUACACAAACCAAUCUCUAGCUAGUGUUGCUUAUCAAAUAAAUGCAUUGGCCAACAAUGUACUCCAAUUGCUGGACAUCCAAGCCUCUCAACUUCGGAGAAUGGAGUCUUCCAUCAAUCAUAUCUCACAGGCCAAGCUCGCAAUUGAUGGCCUCCAAGAAGCGGUUCUGCUAUUUCCUGAACUCCUGAGAGGUCAGAGGCGCCACAACUUUCAGGCUAACUAACCUGUCAGGCGACAGGUCAAACCACGUGCUCCCCAACGAUGCCUCGGGCCUUGGCGCGAGCAGCCCCGGCUAAAAC